UCUGAAAGAAAAAAAACAAACCCAAAAAAACAUCACACCGACAGGAAAACGUUGACCACAGGGGGGAAAAAUGCGAGACUCAUCGAAGAAAGGAAGUGAACAGAGACAGACGGCAAACGGGAAAACACCCGGAGGAGUUCCGAAGGAGGAUGACGGCUCGUUUUCUGUGAAGGUUCAAGGGGCUGGGGUUGAUGCUUUUGAGCUGCAGGUUAACAAGUUCUGGCUGGUCCAGGAUGCAAUACUGACCAUUCUGGGCAGAGAGGAGGUGGCCCCCCGCACGUCCCUCGGCCUCACCCUGUCUGGCGUGACGCUCGACCCCUUCGCUGAGCUGCGGAGCGUCAAGGGUUUCAAAACAGGAGUGACCCUCCGACUGGUAGAAGAGCUGUACUCUCCACGGUCAACCCGAGCUCAUCUGGCUCGUGUUCAGGAGCUGCUGAGAGGUACCAGCCCCCAGGACGCUCUGAGAGAGGGAAGGUCACCCAGCAUACUCCAUACUCUCACACACACAAACGAGGCCACUCCUGCUGGUCACCCUGCAAAAGGUAGACGAGCUAACAGCAAGCCUGAGCAGCCUACCGAAGCCCCUCCACCUCCUGACUAUAUCCUGCCCGGGGCCACAGAGCGCCCCCCGCUGGCUACGCUACUGCCCACCAGCACGUACAGUGAGGUCCCCAGUUGCCUGCUGGACCUGUCACUCAGCUGUUGGAACCCUCCCCCAGGGUCCAGGAAGCUUCAGGGUGAUUUCCUGUACAUUAGCAUCCAAACACUGGAGGGGAAGCACUGUGACAUCACUUCCUCCCCACGAGGAUUCUACUUGAAUAGGUCCACCAAGGAUGUCUUUGACCCUCGUCCCGCCCCGUCCUCCCCGGUGUGUCACUGUUUGACUGACCUUCUGUCCCAGCUCAGCCCACAGUUUAAGCACCACUUCAGUACACUCCUACACAGGCCCACUCUGGCUGCAGAAGAGUGCAUGUCCACUCCGUACCACACUCUGAGCUGGCUGGGAGGGUCAGCUGUCCACUCUCACAAAAACAACUACAGCUACAGGCUGGGCCUGGAUCUCGGCCUCCAUGCGCAGGCCCCAGACUGGAAUGAGGAACUGCAGGCUGCCAGAGAUCUACCCCAAACCACUUUAGAAGAGAGACUCCAACGAGAGAAAGCCUUACUACAGGUAAAUAGUGCUUUUGUAUGGGCCGUUGCUGAGGGUUCAGAGAAAGUGAUUGAUGGUUUUGUUGAUCCAAUCAACAGCUGCAGCCAGGACCCAGCCUUCCUGUGGGGCGGCUUAUUUAUGAGUAUGGGUGGGACAGGGGCCGAGUGGUUGGGUGGUGAGCGGGGUCGCAGGGCAGCACAGAGACUUGAGUUGAGAUCCAUCCAGAGCUACAGUGAUCUGGAAGGAGACCUUCAGGCACUCCACACCCUCCCCACUGCUCUGGCUGACUACAGAGGUCUGCGGCUCUCCGCCCAGGGCCUGGCCCCUGGGCUCCAGGGCGUCGAUCAGCCUGGAGUCCCCAGGGGUCUCUUGUAUGGAGUUGGGGCCGGGCCCAUCGAGAACCCGGCUCGCCGGAAGCUGCUGGAGCUCCUGGCUCAGUCAGCCAAGAGCCUCGGCCUGCAGAGGCACGCCGUCGUUGGGCCCAGCAGCCACCAGGUGCCCCUCUUCACCUCCACGGACGUCCAGGGACUGUUGGGAGCGGAUGGCCGCUAUUACCUCCUGGAUGUGUUCCGUACCAUGCCCGCGGAUGCCAACUUCCGCGUAGCGGAGGGAGAGGAAGGGGAAGAGGGCGCUACCCUCAGACGUUUCCCCCACGGGCUGUGCCGCCUACGGCCAGAGCUCGUCAAGGCUUUCAUCCGACACAAGAACUCUCAGUUUACAAAGCAUGUGCGCGAACAUAUGGAGGAGACCGGCGGCGUCGAGGAGUGUGUUAAAGCAGGUGACUCGCGCGGCACGGAUGCCAUCAGAAAGGCUUGUAAAGAUGUCGGCUCUGUCAGUGACAUCAUUUUCGAGAUGCGGUUCAACCCAAACGUUUUGUCCCCAGGUGUAGAGUUCCCCACGUCGGAAAGUAAUGCGGUGUCCUUACAGAAGAGGUUACUGAAAGAAGCUGCUUCAUUCAUCAUCGGCGAUCAAAUACCAGCAUUUCUGGAUGACUGCCUCCAAGGCAAGGAGCUGCCCAUGGAUGGCGCUACACUGCGGCAAGCCCUGCACCAGAAGGGCAUCAACCUCCGUUAUUUGGGUCACCUGGUGUCCUUCAUCAGCCAGUUGGAUCAUAAGGAUAAACUAAGGCACAUUACGCGACUGGCAUAUGGAGAGAUUGUAGUGCGCUGUGCUCGAAGGAUCUUCAAUGGCUACAUACAGGGAGUGGAGUUGUCCAGCAUCUCAGCAGCUGCGAGCCACUUCCUCUGCUGCUUAUUGGUGCCUCACUUUAGUGGCGCCUCAAAUGGGGAGGAGUCUAAGAAGCGCUCCAGGAGGCGUGGCCACAAAGGGGGCGGCGCUGCUGAUAGUAUUGCGUGGAGCACACUUGGCGGGAAUGAACUGUGGAGCCUCAUAGGCCAAGAUGCACUAGAGACCUAUGGCCUUAUAAAGGGACUAGGGUCAAAUAUUGACCAUCUGGUUGAGCAGUGUGGGCUUCAGAAGGUAUCCUUGUUACGGGAGAUGUGUUUGAAGACUGGUAUACAGCUCCGGCUCAGAGACUAUGCCCUGGACAACCGCAACAAAGCACCCAUCUCUUCAGACGACGUACUCAACCUUCUACCUGUUAUCAAGCACAUCACCAUGGCGACGACCGAUGCUUCGCGGGCAUUCCGCGAAGCCCAGAACAGCCUUCAGAAAGGUUUGCUGGAGAAGGCGUACGAGCAGCUCAAAGAAGCGGCAUACCUCUUCGGCCGCGUGUGCGAUGACCUCCACCCUGAGGCCUGCCACUGUCUCAGUCAGCUGGCUCAAGUGGCCUAUCUCCAGGGCCGCCCUGCCGAGGCCCGGAGUCUCCAACUCAAGGUUGUGGUGAUCAGCGAGAGGAUCCUGGGCUUUGACCACCCAAACACCAUUCAGCAAUAUGCCUUACUGGCGGUGUACGUGUUGGCCGGAGGCGAGACGGCUUUGGCUUUGCGUUGCCUGUAUCGAGCCAAGAUCCUCAUGCUGACGACACACGGGGAGGAUCACCCCUACACCGCCGUGCUGGAUAGUUCUCUGGGCUUGAUGCUGCAAGGAGAACAGUCCACUCAGUAUUUGCAAAAUGCACUGAAGCUCAGCCUGUCUUUCCGAGGUGCUAUGGAUGUAACGACUGGUCUUAUUCACCAUCUUCUAGCUCAGAGGAUGUGUGCGGUGGGAGAUUACAGGGGAGGCAUGACACAAGAAAAACAGGCGCACAGCAUCUUCCAGACCAAGUGGGGCGAGAAUCAUCCCCAGACCAAAUGCAGUUCCGACUUCCUGAAAGCCGUCACCCAGCAGGCUGUGCGUGUUGAGCGGUCUAUACGGCAGGGCGGUGCAGAGCUUGCCGACUCGAGCACACCUGAGAGCCUGGUUCCUUCACAAGAGACGACCCUGGAGCAGUUGGCUCUGGUGAACGGCAUCCUGAAGACUUCAUACAGCAUGAGGAUUACAGAAUUCAAAGAGAAGCUGCAAGAGAAAAGAGCUGCCGAGGAGGCCGAGCAGGCUGUGACAGAAUCUUCUGGUGAAGCUGAGGUUAAGGAAGGAACGUCCAAUGGGAAGCAGACCGAAGAGGUGCCUGCUGAAAAUCCGGACUCUCAACUGGAAACGCAAGAUGUUCUGGAGAAGACACCCAGCAAUCCCCAAAUAAAUGCGCAUGUAGAGUCUCACUUGCAAAACGGAGACUGUGCAACUGAAAAAGAUGAAGACACAGAAGGCUCAGUGGAGCAAUUGGGACUCACCAGCGGUACCUCGUUCAAGAGCCUGGCGGAGGUCAAAGAGUUAAGCGUGGCCACAAACAAGAAAUCAGAACCAGCUCUGGUAAACGGAGAAGAGCACAAGACUGCUGGAGACGUAACAGCUGUGGAGAAACAGGCUGAAAUAGAAGUCCCAUUGCAGAAUUGAGACAUCUGUAACUGCGAUUGCGAAGAUCAGGAAAGUUUUAUAAAAGGCCAGAAAGCAAGGUCUAUUUAAAACCUAACACCAAGUUCAUAUGAGACGACAAAGGUAUCUAGAUGAGUCACCUAACUAAACAUAGUGCAUAAAUAGUUUUUUGACUAUGAGAACUAGAUCAGAAGGAAGGACAAAAAGAUUUUGUAUGCUCAUCCAUCACUGAAGAUUUGGUUUACAUUAUAUUCACUCCCUUAACAAUGAAAUAACUGCUUUGGUAUUCUUUUAUGCAUUAGGCUCUCAGGCAAAAUACAGCACAAUCUGAUGAUGAA